GUAAUGUUUUACAAAUUGUGAGUUUAAAAGUUAAGCUUUCCUGAAGAACAAAUAAGCUUUUUUUUUACAAGUAGAACAGAAGGAAAGCAUGAAGAAAAGAAGUAAAGCCUUUAUUCAAAUAUAACUGGCACCUUCACAUUUUAGCUCCACCUUUAUGUGACACUGAACAUUUGAAAUAAAUAAAGUCAGCUUUUGGCCUUUUUGACAUCAAACACCACACUGCACACAAUGUGAACCUGGCCUUCAAGGAGAACCGGCCUCAGAAUUAACAUGAAAGGGUUCUAAGCUAAAGCAUCGAAAUCACAGGAGUUUGGAGAGUCCUGAACCAGGCUGUGGGUCUGCUGAGAGGAAGGCGGCUGCACAAUGUUUGUGUAGAAGGUGUUUGUUCCAAGCAUUUAUGUGAAGCGGCAUCAAUAACCAACUAUUGGUGAAAUAAAAAAUAUGUGAAGUUAUAGUGUGACCUGCUCAGGUAAUCACACAAGAUGCAACUGCUUAAAAACAACAUCUUAACAUCUAUACCUUGUGGAAUUUGCUCUGGCAGAUGUCUGUGCCUCUCAGCCUGAUAUUAAACAGUGUUGUUGAGUGUUUUAUUAAUCCCUGCCUCAGUUUUACUCAGCCACUGUUAUGAACGAGUUGUGAAUGUGCUUCCCUGGUCAUCAGACAAAAAGCUCUUCUAUUGGUGGCCACCAUCAGUCUGCCUCCUAAUCCCACACACACAAGUUAUAUAAAGUGGCCAUCCAAUCCCACGUCACACGGACAAACGGCUAACAGUGCAAAGCUAGGCGGUCUGCUUGUGCGGCUCUUUAACUUCUUCCCGGAGCACCAUGAUUUUUAUAGUGGACCUGCUGCUGAUGCUCAUCGACCUGAUCUGCUCCAUCCUGACCGCGGUCAUCCAGACGUUCCUCCGGCCGAGGCUCAAGAGCAUUGACGGGGAGCUCUGUCUGAUAACAGGAGCCGGGGGCGCGCUGGGUCGCCUGUUCGCCCUGGAGUUCGCCAAAGAGGGAGCGCGCCUGGUGCUGUGGGACUGCAACACGGCUGCCAACGAGCAGACCGCCGAGCUGGCGCGGGAGAUUGGAGUUGAGGUGCACACGUACACAGUUGACCUGUCCAAGCGUCAGAGCAUCUACGAGGCGGCGGACAGAGUGAGAGCGGAGGUCGGGGAGGUCUCCAUACUGGUCAACAACGCAGGCGUGGUGGCCGGGCGGAGGCUGCUGGACUGUCCAGACGAGCUGUUGGAGAGGACUCUGCUGGUGAACUGCCACGCGCUGUUUUGGAUGACGAAGGCCUUCCUGCCUCAGAUGAAAGCAAAUAACCACGGUCACAUUGUAACCAUUGCCAGUGCUCUCGGACUAUUCAGCACUGCAUGUGUAGAGGAUUACUGUGCAAGUAAAUUUGGAGCUGUUGGUUUCCAUGAGUCACUGACACACGAGUUGCUAGCCGAAGACCUGGAUGGCAUCAAAACUACUUUAGUGUGCCCUUAUAUUGUGGACACAGGGAUGUUUGCAGGCUGUGAGAUCAGGAAGGAACUCAGGAGUCUAAUUCCACCUCUGCAGCCGCUCUACACCGUGCAGCAGUCCAUGAAAGCCAUUUUAGCCGAACAGCAAAUGAUCUGCAUUCCUCGCAUUAUGUACAUCCCCUUCCUCACACGAGCACUGCUACCGUGGGAGGCAAACGUGGCAACAUAUCGCUUCAUGGGAGGCGACAAAUGCAUGCUACCCUUCAUCAAGAAUGUUGAAAUGAAGACCUCCAACGGUCAUAUCAAAUCCUCCUAACACUUUUCUGACUGUCUUAUAACCUUGUUAAAUAAUGGACUGAUGCAGACACCAAAGGCUCAUACUGUAUAUUCUUAAUACAUGAACUUGUUAUCUGAAGGGAGAGCCCACUAUCUAUACUUGUUCACACCAUGGUAACUUCAUUCACAGCCAUAUUGUAGAGUGAUGGGUUAUUUCUCGUUAUAAAUAACCAGAACUGGGCAUGACGGAAAGUAAAAAUGCUGUUAUUAACCUCUACACUGGAGGCCAGUAAGAUUCACAAACCAAGAUAAACUCAAAAUACAACAGAAAUACCGAAGAGACUGCAAUAGUAGCAGAUCUAUACAAGUGCCUCUUUUUAUUCACAGAAACAAACAGUGCAGAAACAGAGACUAGACAUAAACAAAUCUACAGGAAACAUGCAACAGAAAAAUAUUAAGCAUUAUGUUUGAGCCACAGACUACAGUCUCCAUAACCGUAAAAAGGAAUUCAAACAUA